AGUAUAAGAUUGAUUAGCAGUCAGAAGGGAUAAGUAUGUAUCUAAGUAAGUAGUGCUGAAAUGCAAGGCUUGUAAGAGUCAGCUUAGCCAUACUCAGUCAUAGGCUUAAGAAAUGCUUGACAUAAGUCAGUGACCAAAGAAUGACCCUAUGCCACAAGAUUAUGGGAAAAGAUGUGCCUGUGUGUGGUAUUGAGAAAAAUUAACCGUAAGAAUAAUUUUAACUGCAAAAUACCCAGGAGUCACAUUGUUCUAACACAUGGCCAACCUGCAGGGUGCAGUAAGCAAUGCGUAAAUCCUAAUGAGGAUAAAAAGGAGCUAUAAGCAACCUAUGAAAAAUGGGGGACCCCAAUAUUCUUGGGGGACACCAUACAAAUAAGGAAAAAGCGGGGGCACCUUCAUGCACAGACGCAGACAGUAGGAGCAGUCAGAAUUACAAGAUAAAAGAAGGCUCCCAGAUUGGGAAACCUGAGUUCCCCUAUGGGAAAACUCCAGCAGGAACCCUUCCUUUACUGAUGAUCAAUUGGCAAGGCAGCCAUCAGACCCUAAGAAUAUCGUUAAGGAUCAUCAGAAAGAGGGAGAACACUGAAUCCUCGGGAACAGCUGCUUCACCUACAAAGAUAAAGACCACACAACUUCAUUACAAAAUACCAGCAGAAAACAAAGCCAAAACUGCAUUUUGUAUUGAUCUAAUUCCAAUUAAAUCAGACCAGAUUACUGAACAAGGCAGUCUACACAGACACGUUUUUCCUUCUAGAUCAGGCUGCUCCCCAAGACUCAUUCCUCCUGUGAUGCUCAUAAGAAGCGAAUCAACAGAAAAUAUUAAAAUAUAUAAGGAUCUAAUUCCAUGGUCCUUUUUAAAGCCAAACUCCAGCUGUGCUGAGUGGGAAUUUUGCUCAACUGUGCCCAAUCCAGGAUUAGGGUCCCACAGUGACAGGCGCUGUACAAAUAAGUAA